AUGCCUGGACGCAUCACAACAUUUAAAAAAGUUCUGAGCGCUGGACGAGGCAAGUUGCCGGAUUUUCGGACCGGAACGAAAGCAAUAUUCCAUUAUGAAACGUUGAAACCGCUGGUGAAUGUGGACAAGGAGGGUUUCCCGGAUGCAAGAGACUGUUAUGAGUCAAUAGAUAAUACACGAAAACCGUAUCCAGAUGGUUACGGCAAACCGCUGGAAUUGUCAAUAGAUAAUACACGAAAGCCAUAUCCAGAUGGUUAUGGCAAACCGUUGGAACUGGUAUUUGGGAAAAAAUUUCAAUUGCCAGUUUUCGAGAACUGCUUGCAAACAAUGCUGGUUGAUGAGAUUAGCCAAUUUGAUAUAGCUGCUUCUGAGCUUUAUCCAUAUCCAUCGGUCUCGCAGAAACUUCGUGACAUCUCCAAGGAUGCCAUUCAUCCGGGCAGCGAAACGCAUCAUCACACACAUUGUGCUGCAACAGCAAAUUUCACGUACGUCUACGUUUGA